AUGGCUUACGUUUUCGAAAGGAUAAAAAGGGAUUUCGAGGAAACAGCAGUUCGCGACAAUAGCAGCGAGGGAAUGACUCCUUCCCUGUCCGAAUCAGAAUGUGAUGAAUGGUCUAUUGUCUCUGAUUCCGAUGGCGGGAGAGGUAGCGUUCCUAUUCGUGCGAAUAUCGGGGCGCCCAGAGUAUUCAAGAGGGAGUAUUCCCCAGAGACAACAGCAUACCUCGUGGAUGCGCCUUCACACGGUUCUUUUGACUCUCAUUCCGACUUUGUCGGAGAGACAGGAGGCCAGGAGGCUAGCGACUUUUACGAGUCAGACCGUGUCCUUGAUGACACCUUCACCACUGGAUCCCUUCACUGUCAUGAUAUGCGAUCGAAUGGAAGAGAUAUAAUGGUUGUUCAUGAAGUGGAGCUUCUAAUUUUGCUUGGUAUCAUCUGGCAUCUGCGCGCUCGGGUGCCUGUGCGGGGAAACUCCAGACGCAUACUAGAAAGACAGCUGUAUGAGUCGUGCAAGUAUCUCUCCAUCGCCUUUGCUGUAUUGAAGUAUAUGCGGAACACGGGGACGGUGCGCGAACAAGUGAUUACACAGGCGCUGGUAGCACUUCAGCAAGCCACUAUGCGGGCGAGGACGACUGAUUCGACCGUUGAGAUGUACUCUCAAACACAGGCGAAUUUUUGGAUUCAGAUAGUCAAUGCUGCUUUGCCAUCGCUGGAUGAUGAGAAGCGGUCGAUUGAUACUCCAGAGAUGUCGUACGAAGCAUUCCAGGACACGUUCCAUCUCAAUCCAACACGCUGGAAGGAGUAUUACUCGAACAAAGUGUGGAAUAGGGUGGCUGCGCGAUCGCAGUUCUUGAUGCCUGAUCUCAAGCCGCUGCCGCAAAUCAUCGCAGCUCUCCCUAGCAAAGAAACUCGAAAGAUAUCGGAAGCAAUACCGGAGUUUCCAUCCACUGAAGAGCUUACAUUUCGUGCCAGGAUGGCCUGUGAGGAGUUGACGCCGACUCUGCGAAAUUUAGGCCCCCCGGUCCUCAGUCACGCUCACCUUCUAUUUUACAUUCACAAACGAAUCACACAAGAUACCGGGGAAACGUCGCAGGAGAAGCUCAAGUCCCGAGCCAGAGAGCUUUUUAGCGAGAUAGCAGGCCCGAUUGUAGCUGGGGCGACACAUCGAAACUUCUGGAUCCAGCAGGUCGGAGUCGCAGUGUCAAAUUCGAAUAUUGGUAGGGGCCAUUCGACGUUCCCGGAAUUUAUUACGAGCAACCUCCACCUGGUCUUCGAGGAGCUGCAUGGUAUUUAUUAUGAACCAGAAGUCUGGAACAGCGCUGAUGCAGGGGAGAAGAUUCUCGUUCCUGACAGACGAAGGAUGGAGGCAAUUGUCGACACAUGUCUGUAA